UUCAAAAUUUUUAAAUGCUAGAAACACUAAGUUGAUUGAGUGGACUUGGACUUUGGCAUUAGAUGAUUUUUUAACCUUUUUGUAAAUAGUUUUUAAGUUAAAAAAUCUAUAGAGUUUAAAGAAAAAUGUUUUCCCCUUGUACCAGACAUUUAUUUUUGUCCUCACAGCUCCGUCGGUUACAGAGCACCUUAAUUAUAGCUGAACACAACAAUGAAGUCUUAACCCCUGUAACACAAAAUACUUUAAGUGCUGCAAAAAAAAUUGGAGGUGAAGUUUCUGUGUUAGUUGCUGGUACAAAAUGUGGUCCAGCUGCAGAAGCAAUAGCUAAAGCAAAUGGAGUAUCUAAAAUCUUAGUUGCGGAGAGUGAGGCAUUCAAGGGCUUCACCCCAGAAUCUCUGACGCCACUUAUAUUAGCAACUCAGAAACAGUUCAAUUUUACACAUAUUUUGGCACCUGCUACUGCAUUUGGCAAAGCGUUAUUGCCAAGGGUAGCAGCCAAACUUGAUGUGUCACCCAUCACAGAUAUUAUUGGAGUUAAGGAUGCUAAUACAUUUAUCAGGACCAUCUAUGCAGGAAAUGCAGUUCUCACUUUGGAGGCCAAGGAUGCCAUAAAAGUUAUUACUGUAAGAGGUACUGCUUUUGCUGCUGACUCACUUGAAGGAGGAUCAGCGGCUAUAGAGAAGGCUCCAGAAGGGGACUACAAAACAGAUUUGGUUGAAUGGAUGUCACAGGAGCUUACCAAGUCUGACCGUCCCGAGCUGACUGGUGCUAAAAAUAUUGUUUCUGGUGGUCGGGGUCUGAAAUCUGGAGAUAACUUCAAGUUGCUGUAUGAUCUUGCUGACAAGCUUAACGCUGCUGUUGGAGCAUCUCGUGCAGCUGUUGAUGCUGGUUUUGUGCCCAAUGACUUGCAGAUUGGACAAACUGGCAAAAUUGUGGCUCCUAAUCUAUACAUUGCUGUGGGAAUCAGUGGUGCUAUUCAACAUCUAGCUGGUAUGAAGGACUCCAAGACCAUUGUCGCAAUCAAUAAAGAUCCAGAGGCCCCUAUCUUCCAGGUGUCAGACUUGGGUUUAGUAGCAGACCUGUUCAAGGCCGUCCCUGAGCUUACAUCUAAAUUGUAAUUUUCAGAAUAUAGUGCACAAUUUUUAGAUACCCUUUGUAUUCCAAAUUUUAUAACCUCUUUAAAAUUUUCAUAUACAUUUGUUAAUCAUGGGAGAUAUCAUGUAUAAAAUGUAUUUACUGUAAAUAAACACAUUUUAUUUGUA